UCAGAAUCAAUCUUUUUGGUCGUCGAGUUCGAGAUCGCAGUUCUCUACACACACAUCCUACGCCAUGCCUUCCACACACAACGCCGACAAACCGUGGGACACGGACGACAUCGACAAAUGGAAAGAAGACCCCUUUACCCCCGACCAGAACGCCGGCGGCACCUUCAGCGAAGAAUCGACAUUUUCCACCCUCUUCCCCAAAUAUCGCGAACUCUACCUAAAAACCAACUGGCCGCGGAUCACAAAAUCGCUCGAGAAGCACGGGAUAGCAUGUUCGCUCGAUUUAAUCGAAGGCAGCAUGACUGUCAAAACCACGCGAAAAACUUUCGACCCCGCCGCGAUUCUCAACGCCCGCGAUUUGAUCAAACUGCUCGCGCGUAGUGUGCCUGUCGACCAAGCGCUGAAGAUCCUAGAAGAUGGAAUGGCAUGCGAUGUUAUAAAGAUUCGAGGCAUGGUGAGGAAUAAGGAUCGCUUCGUGAAGAGACGACAACGAAUUUUGGGUCCCAACGGAAGCACAUUAAAAGCUCUCAUGCUUCUUACGCAAACCUACAUCCUCGUACAAGGCAACACAGUAUCCAUCAUGGGAGGCUACAAGAGCUUGAAAGAAGUCCGCAGAGUCGUGGAAGAUUGCAUGCAAAAUAUUCAUCCAAUCUAUCACAUCAAAGAGCUCAUGAUCAAGCGCGAAUUGGCCAAAGAUCCCGAACUCAAGAAUGAAAACUGGGAGAGAUUUCUGCCGCAUUUCAAGAAGAGGAAUUUGAGUAAGAGACGAGUACCCUUCAACGUCACGGACAAAUCGAAGAAGGUUUACACACCUUUCCCGCCACCACAAGAGAAGAGCAAGGUGGAUUUGCAGAUCGAAAGUGGAGAGUACUUUUUGAAUAAUGCGGCGAAGGAGCGGGCGAAGAAGGAGAAAAGGGAGGAGGUCAUGAAGGAGAAGAUGGAAGAGAAGAAGCGAAAGCGAGAAGAGGCGUUUGAGGCGCCGAAGGAGGAUGCGGAUGUGAAGAAGAAGAAGAAAAAGAAGGAGAAGGAUGGGGAGAAGAAGAGUAGUAAGAAGCGGAAGGCUUCGGAGGAUGUAGAAAUGGAGGAGUGAACAGAAAUUGUACAUUGUGGCAUGGCAUUGGCUUAGCGAGGAGUCUGGCGUGGUUCGUGUUACUGACAGCUUGAAUCAAUUGCAUACGGAUGUCGAUCGAUACUGCUGCUGCCUUUAAGUCCCCCCUUCUUGAGGGCCUUUUCCUGUGGAAUCACGCACCCAAAACCCUCACGCCGUCAACAGUCAACUCGUGGCGCUUGUAGAGUGCAGCCGCUCGCUUAAGCACUCAAAAAUGGCCCGUGGCCUUAAUAGCGAGCGCAAUUGCGCAAAGUAGAGCGCAAGUCCAGUAAAAAGAGCGGGCUUUGCGAUCAUGCGGCGCGAAAAGAACAACAAUGCAAAUAUUACACAAGAGCGUGGACGACGUUUCGUCUUCGAAACACUGAGCUCAUCCAAAUUUGGCCGUGUGCCCG